UUUUCUUGGAAUAUUACAAUAUUUCAUUCUCAGUUUUUGGAGGUAAAAUCAAGUGUGAACUACUGUUGCUCUUUGGAUUAUCUGUAAUUUCUCUCCAGGUUACCAUAGGUCGUGUGAUAUUGGAAGGCUCCAGUGCUACACAUGAUAUAUUUGUUUUGAGGAAUUUAGAGGAAUUUGGAGUGAUUUUGCUUCUAGCCAUUCUGUAGCUGGAGGGAUAAAGAUUAGUUUGCAAUAUUUGAUAUAAAGUUGGUAUGAUGUCUAUCAGAGACACGUUGUAAAGCACACCAAGAGAGAGAGAUCGGUAACCAGUCUAGGCCCAACCUUUAGACACAUCAGACAUCUUAGAAUCAGUGGUAACAUCGCAGUGUUGACUUCAUGUCCUCUUCUUCAAUUCUACACUGUCUGCUGUAUGCAUAAUAGCCAAUGCAACUAUGUUGUAUUUAUUGUGAUGAAGUCUUUGCUUGGGCAGUCGAUGGUUUUACAUUUCUUUUAAAACUGUAAACAUCCCUGUCUGUAUAAGGUUACAUUUCUUGUUUGGAUCAAAAGAUUAGCCGAGCCUUCACAAAGGCUUUGCCAAUCGGAUGAUCCGUCUGUUGAUUGUAAGAGUUUGUCAUUUGAAUAAAGCAGUCACAUCAAAUACCAUCAACUCUGAGAAAGUGUGACAGAACAAACCAGACGAGAUAAAGAGCAGCGAUAAACACCAAAGGAACAUCAAAAAGUGUUUCAUCGUAGACGGUAGAAUAAAGACUCGCAGUCGGACGGUGCAAGGAAAACUUUUUUGAAAUGGCGAGUGCCGUGACAUCGGAUGUUGAUGAGAUUCGAUUGGAGGAAGAGAAGAUGCCUAGGACGUUCUGGCAACGUUGUCUACCAUUCUUUGUUUAUUCCUUUAUCAUCAUCUGCAUCAUCGGUGCUCUCAUCUUCCUUGUUAUCACCUUGACAACCAACUGGUAUCUUAGAUACAUCUUUGUUGGAGAGGAGUACACAGAUAAUGGCAUAUGUGCCAUAAAAUGUAUGCAUGGUGAGCGUCAUCCAAGGAAAUGUCGUUGUGAUUGCGAUGAAGGCUAUAGCGGAGACCUGUGUCAGAUACCAGAUCCAACCACGCCCUCUCCGCCCACCACACCCACUCCAUGCGACCUAGAUUGUGGAUCCAAUGGUACCCUUGAUGAUAUCCUCUGUUUCUGUAACUGCAACCCUGGUUUUGAAGGUCAAAGUUGUUCAGAAGUACUUCCUACAGGUCGUACCCCUCAGCCAAUCAGUCCAGACAAUUGUACACUGAACUGCGGUGACCAUGGCAACAUGGUCAGAGGUAGCUGUUCCUGUUUGUGUGACGAGGGUUACAGCGGCAGCACCUGUGCAAGUGAGUUCACCUCCACUGUCGUCGAUGUCGGGGAGGAAUCUGACAAUGACAUCAGCUCCAGCAGCAGCAGUGACUACCAAGAUGACGAUGUGGCGUCGUGUCAAGAAGGGACGUACUGCUUUAACGGAGGGACAUGCGAAACGUUUCCAAACACAGACGGCCAAUCAGGGAGCAGAGCCUCGCUAAAUUGCUUAUGUCCGUAUGGUUUUACUGGUGAGCUGUGUGAGAUAGAGGUAAGAUGUCCUGAUCUAGACUGCGGAGCUAACGGAAAUCUGUCACCUGAUGAAUGCACCUGUAUCUGUGAAGAUAAUUACUCCGGACUAACAUGUUCAGUUUUGAGUGACAACCACACAAUACCUUGCAAUGAAGACUACAAGGACUUCUGUUUAAAUGGAGGAACCUGCCAUCAACUCGUAGGGAUCAAUAGACCAACUUGCAAGUGUCCGGACAAUAAGCGCGGUCAAAGGUGCGAAAGCAGCGUGAUUGAACCGAACAAAUGCUACGCAGGAUACUGUCUCAAUAACGGAACAUGUCGUUAUUCCGUCAAACGAGACAAACGCAGAUGCAUCUGUCCCGACCUUUACCGUGGGUCCUCUCGCUGCCAGUAUAUUAAUAAUUAUAAUCCGAGCAAAGCGCCACCUGUAGUCCACCCGAGCAUUGAGCAGAAUUCUAUGAAGGUUAUCAUCACGUUGACUGUCAUCUUCAUCAGUCUUCUCCUGGUUCUUCUUCUGGUAGUCUUCAUCUACAUCAAGAACAAGAAUUAUCAAGAAGAGAGGCGUAAGAGGGUCAAGACAAGUCGGAAUCCUCUGCGACCCCCCAGCUACAACGCCAGCCAUCCUCUGCAUCAGAACACUAACAACCAGGCUGGAAUCACCUCAAGGGACACUAUACAGGAACUGGAAAUGGAACCAAGACGACCAUCAGCUCCAUCCGCUAUCAUGAGAGUAGAGAGCGAGGGCAGUGGUCACACAACGCCCAGCCAAAGGAGUCACUCUGUGGAUGUGCGUUACAGCAGUGUACCGGUCCAAGCCAAUCCAGUGGUUGCAAGAACGAUACAUAAUGGUUCCGCUCGUAAAAUAUCUCAGGCGAGCAUUCAUUCAAAUCGGUCGGCAUCAAGCCACCGUUCAAAUGGGUCGAGUCCCGUAUCGGGGAAGCGGCGAAGGCUGGGCUAUGAGGCGGUACCCAUGAAUGAACCGGCGGAUAGGAUAGAAGAGUACCAUGGCGAUACAGCGGCUUGUGAGGAUGCAAGCAUCAUCAUGUUACCAAGGGAGGAAGUUUGUAGUGAUGGAGAGAGCGAGUGCUCCUCGGAGCCAGACGAUGGGGUCGAUAUGCCAAAUCCUCAAAUCUCGGCCAUCGAGAAGCAUCUGGCGCAACCUAGCGAGGAUUACGAUGACAACGUCGACAGAGACUUCAGUGCCGACGUGGUGAAUGCCAACGUCCACUUCUCAAACCCCUAUGCACAAGAUGACUCUCCCUCUCUCUCGCCGCGAGGUCACAUGACCUCGAACAUGUCACCUCAUGAGGUGAACCUGCAUGAAAACCCAUUCCAAGAUGGGCUCAGCUUGCAGGGUAAAUCACCUACAAACAAACUCUACAGUAAUGAUGGUUACUAUGGCAACAGGUACGAAGAUGAAAUUGAUAGGAGUAGCCCACCGCAUGCUGUUUAAUGCACGAAAAGACCUUAUUAUCUCAAAAUGUUGUACAUAACUUACUGUAUAAUCAUAAAAACUUAUUUAUUGUCUCUGAUCUUUACACAGCUAUUAUAUAACUUUCUGCCGCAGCAAGUGGCGUAUUUUCUUGUCAUUGUACGAAAGAUAUUACUUGAGUGCACCAGAAUGCACCAUAAACUGUGUUUUUGUCUGUCUUGUCAGUAGCUAUUCAAGUCAUCUCGAUGAGGAUAUUCAGUGAGACUUUUGUGAUCAAUGAAUUUCAGGUUGCAACAAAAAAUCUACAGAAGUCAUUGAGAUUUAUCUAUAGAUAUAUGACGAUGGUUACACUCCAGUUUCAAAGCUCAUUUCAAUUGUUUCUCUGUCUUAUUCUGCAUCAAAAUCUGUUACAGUUUUUAUGCAUGUACUGUUAUAUUUCAAGUAUGUGCUAAAAAUCUAUGUUAGAA